CAACACACUCUGAGCGCAAGUGGCAGUCAACUAUUAGUUCAUUAGGUCGAAGCAUUUGGAGCUGGCAUAUGCGUUCGCUGUGAACGGUCUUUGUUUGGUGUUAAUUAUUUUCAAUUAAAUUUGUUUAAAUUGAAGAGAAUGGCAACUACAAAUAUGUUAUCAAGACACCUAAUUCGAAGUGACCAAAUUAAUUGGCGUUUUUUGGGCAUUACAAAGGCACAGGCGUAUGCGACACAAGCAGCACCGAAGCCAAGUGAUGCAGCUGACGUCAGCGUAGAAAAUGCACGGCCAUACUCAGAAGUUCCGGGACCAAGUAAACUGGAGCUAAUAUGGUUAUUUUUGCCCGGAGGUGAAUUUUCGAAGAAACCAUUUUUUACCGCCAUGGCUGGCAUGGAAAAGAAAUACGGACCGCUUUUUCGAUUUCCUGGUAUAUUCGAUAAACCAGAAAUCGUUAUUGAUUUAAAUCCCGCAGAUUUUCCAAUUAUUUUUCGGAAUGAGGGCCCGUGGCCAAACCGUCGCGUUUUCGAUACUUUCGUCUAUCAUCGUGAAAAACAUCGAGGAGAGUUCUUUCAGGGCGUCGAGGGAAUAAUAUCUACCUCUGGCGAGAAAUGGGCAAAAAUGCGUACUGCGGUAAAUCCAAUACUGAUGCAACCGAAAAAUGCCAAAUUGUAUUUGAAUACGCUCUUAGAGAUUAAUAAUGAAUUCUUGGAAAGGAUUCGUCACGUCCGCGAUCCUGAAACUCUUGAAGUGCCUGGUGAUUUUCUCGAUGAUAUUAAUCGCCUCGCAUUCGAAGGCAUCGCUGGCAUAGCAUUGAAUACGCGACUCGGUUUGAUACAUAAAAAUCGUGAUUCUGCUGAGGGUAGGACUAUCAUGAAAGGUAUACGCAGUUUCUUUGUGCUCUCCGAAGAGCUAGAAAUUAAGCCAUCUAUAUGGAAAUAUGUAAAGACACCGAAAUUCUACGAAAUGAUGAGAACACUCGAUACGCUGACAGACAUUUGCAAUAAAUACAUUAGUGAGGCGUUGGUGCGCAUUAAGCGCGACAGUGAGGGCCAACUUAUGUCAGAGGUGGGCAAAGAGAAAAGUGUGCUGGAGAAAUUGGUGCGCGUAAAUAAAAAGUUUGCAGUAGUUAUGGCGCUGGAUAUGAUAUUAGCAGGCAUUGAUACGACCAGCUCUACUUUGAGCGGUUUGCUGAUAUGCAUUGCGAAGAAUCCCGACAAACAGCAAAAACUCUUUGAAGAAAUCUCGCAAAUUUUGCCGCACAAAGACUCUCAACUUACCAUUGAGAAUAUGCAAAAUUUACCAUACCUGCGCGCCUGCAUAAAGGAAAGCAUACGUCAGUACCCCAUUAUCCCAGGAACUGUGCGCCGGCUGUCCAGCGAUGUGGUGCUUAGCGGAUAUCGCAUACCCGCCGGCACCGACAUAUCCAUCGGCGCCAAUUUGUUGAUGCGUGACGAGCGUUACGUGCCACAACCAGAUAAGUUUAUACCGGAACGUUGGUUGCGCAACGACAAUUCCACUCAGGCACUCGAAGGACAAAUUAGCAAUCCAUUUAUGUAUGUACCGUUUGGCUUUGGGCCACGUAGUUGUGUCGGAAAGCGCAUAGUAAAUUUGGAGUUGGAAAUUACUUUAGCCCGUUUAGUGAGAAAUUUCUACAUUGAAUUUAAUUAUCCAACGGAAAAUGCUUUCGAAAUGAAAUUUAUGAGUGUGCCGCAGAUACCGCUAAAAUUCAAAUUCACAGAGAGGAGAGAAUAAACUAAAUUGCAGGGCAAGUAAUGAGAAUAAGAAGAAAGAGAAAGCUAUAAUAUAUUUAGUACCUAUGAAUAAUUUGUUUGUGGCUUAAGGCGGACCUCAGUAGCGUGCCUAUCCAGAUACGGAUACCCAUAAGAACUUGUGUAUUUUACUCAUCUGUCAAAUUCACCUAUGCGGAUACGCAUUCUAAGGAGGUCCGCCCUUACUCCGACAUUUUUUUUUUGUACUGACUUCGAUUUCUUAAUUUAAAUAAAUCGUAUAUACAUACAGUUACAAAUUAGAAACUCCGAGUUUUAUGGAUUUAGUUGUAGUAUGGACUAUGUAAAUGUUUAUUAAAAACUAAUAAAAUUUAAAUGAACCAAAAUA